AUGCAGCUGGUGGCCAAGGGCGCCAUCAGCCUGGACGAUCACGCCCACAGGUAUGUCGACCCGAUGCUGAAGCGUGGGGGGUACCGCUUCAAGUCCAUGGAAGAAAUAUUUCGGCCAAGCUGGGAUCAUUCCGGGCCUUCCUUCAACGCCUCCAACAUCACCGUCAGAGAGCUCAUGCACAUGGACUCGGGCAUCAAGGACUACGACACGGACGCCUUCCGCGACUUUCAGUACCGCCACGGCGGCGUCACGUCACCCCGUUCGACAUCCUCGAUUGGGUGCAGGGCCCGCUGGCGUUCGAGCCCGGAGCGCCCCCGCGCGGAAGCUUCUCCUACUGCAGCGUGA